AUCCUGACUCCUGUUCAGAGUGAGACCUCGUCUUCCCUCUGACGUCUACAGAAAUUAGAAAUUCACAACAACAACAGCGCCGUGAGCAGAGAGUGAAAGGUUUGAAGGUUUUAAAUUUACGGCCCGGCUCGGAGUUGUCUCCACGCUAAGGUGAUGGCGGAGCAGAACACGGAGGCAAAACUGAAAAACCUGCUGAAGCAGGAGAAGAUCCAGCUGUGGAAUCCACCCUACACCCAGGACCAGGGCUGCGGUGAUGAGCAGAGAGAAACGCAGCACCUGCAGGAGCUGGCAGAACGUUACGCGCCUCUGCUCUGUCUGUCUGUGUCGGAAGUAGGUGGCGCUCUGGAGUCCAUCAGAGUUCAGGCAGUGAAAAGAGGGAAAGGAAACAGGACAUUCAGAGAGACGCAGGUGGCAACGCUUGAACUGCUGCUGCCCAGAGACUGCAGCAGGGAUCCAAAAUCCAAGAAAAACUAUCUGGAAACAAGGUUGGAUGUAACAACUCAGGAAGUGUUGGACAGAAUUGGAAAAGACUUUGGUCUCAAAUACAUUAAACUAAUCCUGAACGGGAAAACCCUUUGUCCAGUCCGGCGGCUGGACGAACAGGGUGUGAAGAACCACAGCAAAGUGAUGGUGCUAAAGGUUAGCGACGCUGAGCUGAAACAACAGAUGAGCGAGGAGGAGCAGAAGAAGAAGGAGCAGAACACGAGUCUGCAGAGGACGCAAAAAGGUUUUCAGAUCCUGUCGCAGCGAGAUGGCAGCGAAGAUCUUGACAACACACCAUUCCUGGAGAUCGCAGACCAGAGAGGGAACCCACUGAAGAUCCCAGCCAAUGAGAGGAAGGCGCUGAUCCUGGCCAUGGGUUUGCAUGAGAAAGGUCGCUCUCUGAUGAAGAAGAAACAGUACGACGACGCCCUGUGUCACCUGCUGCAGGCAGACCAGCAGUUCAGCAUGUGUGACUCUGCGUUACUGCGCUCCGUGGACAACUUCGCGGUCCUGCAGCUGGACAUUGUGUGGUGUUACCGUGCUCUGGAGGCACUGUCGUGUUUAGAUGACGGCAGGAGUCGCCUGCAGAGGGCAGAAGAGUGUUUCCUACAGUGCUAUGGAGAGCAGAGAGAGAGGCUGCUUAUGAUCCAGGGUAACACAGGCAGAGAAGAGGUCUUGUUCCUGCGUCUUCACCUCCUCCAGAGUCUCCUCGCUUACAUUGAAGGGAACGACGCUCAGGCUCGACAGCAGAUGAGCAAAGUGGAUUCUCUGUACGCUCGUCUGAGUCUGGACUCAGAGAAAAUGGCUCAGCUCAUGGCCCUGGGGUUUUCUGAGAGAGAAGCUCGACUGGGUCUCAGAGCCUGUGGAGGGGACCUGCAGGAGGCCGCCAUCCACAUCAGCAGCCGCAGACAGGAGCGGGAGGAGUUAAAGCAGCGUGAACAGCAAAAGAGAAUGACAAGGAUGGCGAACAUCGCUGCUCUCAUGGAGUUAGGCUUCUCUCGCAGAGACGCUGCCAGAGCUCUGCACCAUGCCAACGGAGACGUGAACAAGGCCUGUGAAAUCCUCCAGGAUGCUGCUCUAGCGACUAAUAACAACACUGAUGCUGCAGCAGUGAGUCCAGAGAAAGUGGAACAGUUGUUGUAUCUAGGUUUUGACAGAGACGCAUCUGAAGCUGCUCUCAGUCGGACAGGAGGAGAUGUCCAAUCAGCUACUCAACUGCUGCUGGACAACAACGGUGUCCUUUCCCCGACCUCCAUCUCUCCCUCCACCUCCCCUUCGUCAGAGGAGCCCAGCACGUCAUCCACCUCCACAGAAGACGAUGAGCUGGUCAGUGAAGUUUUGGAGGACAUUUCACGUCAUGAAGAGGAUUAUUUAGACUUGACGCUGGAAGAGGAGAGUGAAAUGAUGAACACCAUGAUGGCUUACCUGAGCCGAGGCUCCACCCACACUCCAUGACACAGACACAUGCUCACAGGGUCAAACACGAACGUAAGCAGUUUAAACGGUUCUGUGACAUUACCUGCUACUUAUCAAUCAAAUUUCCUUUUUUCUCUGCGUCUUCACUGAACUUUAUUCCAAUUUUCUGCAAAGUCACCCAAGCUUUAUCUUUUUUGUGCUCUUUUAAUUAUGUUUACAUGUUCAAUGUUUAAAUGAUGAGUUAAAGCACAUGAUUUGUUUUAAAAAGCAACAAGAAGGUUACCUUAUUUAAUUUUUUUUAAUCUACUAGAUGUUUUAAACAUCCCCAUUUGUUUCUGAUUUUGAGUGAUUAUUUAAAAAAGAAAGCAAUAGUCUGUUUUUCAUUUGUGUUUUUCUGACUUUAAGUCUUCUUUGUUUCUAAGAAAAUUCAUGGUAAAUAAAGAUUUUUCUUCAA